CGCAUCUACGGAGCACGCUGCUCUUUUUCGCCCUUUUUCUCUCACCUCCCCCUCCCGCUCCCACUCUGCCCGCUGUGUUUUUUCUGGCUGCCGUGCACUAGCCUCCAGUUCAGAGGCUGAUACAGGCGAUGCUGCAUCUGAUGCUCGUGGGCCUACCUGGAAGAGAAAAUCCACUCCGGAGAGACUCUUCUUCACUGCCUCAUCCUAUGGAGGAAUCACCACUGCCCAUCUACAUUGAGGAGGGGACAGAAGUCCCGAUUGCCAAAAAAGAAUUGAUUGCUUUUGGCAUCGGGCAAAUCUGGACUCAGAAGACUGCAGAAAGCAGAAACAUGGCAACAAAGGAAAAGCUUCAGUGCUUGAAAGAUUUCCACAAGGACAUCCUCAAACCUUCCCCCGGCAAGAGCCCGGGGACGCGGCCUGAGGAUGAGGCAGAAGGAAAGCCGCCCCAGAGGGAGAAGUGGGCGAGCAAGAUUGACUUUCUGCUGUCCGUGGCUGGGGGAUUUAUUGGCUUAGGCAAUGUCUGGCGGUUCCCGUAUCUCUGCUACAAAAAUGGCGGAGGUGCAUUUCUUAUUCCUUAUUUCAUUUUCCUGUUUGGGGGAGGUCUUCCCGUUUUCUUCCUGGAGGUGGUGCUAGGACAGUAUACCUCUGAAGGUGGAAUUACGUGCUGGGAAAAGAUCUGCCCUAUUUUCACUGGAAUUGGUUAUGCUUCCAUAGUGAUUGUGUCCCUUCUGAACGUGUACUACAUUGUGAUCCUGGCCUGGGGACUCUACUACCUGUUCCAGUCGUUCCAGAGCGUCCUGCCGUGGGCACACUGCCACCAGAAGUGGAACACGCCGACCUGCGUGGAAGACACUCUCAGGAAGAACAAAACCCUCUGGAUAUCACUGAAUGCCACUAACUUCACCUCUCCUGUCACAGAGUUCUGGGAGCGCAAUGUACUGAGCUUGUCCUCAGGGAUUGAAGAUAUUGGUAUUAUCAAGUGGGAUCUGGCACUGUGUCUCCUUCUCGUCUGGGUGAUAUGCUUCUUCUGCAUUUGGAAAGGAGUCAAAUCCACUGGGAAAGUAGUGUACAUCACUGCCACGUUCCCAUUCAUCAUGCUCCUUGUUCUGCUCAUCCGUGGUGUGACCCUGCCUGGAGCUGCAGAAGGCAUCAAGUUUUAUCUUUAUCCUGAUAUCUCACGGUUAGCUGACCCACAGGUCUGGAUAGAUGCAGGGACACAAAUCUUCUUCUCAUAUGCAAUCUGCUUAGGAGCAAUGACUUCCCUGGGGAGCUACAACAAGUACAAAUACAACUGCUAUAGGGACUGUUUGCUGCUGGGAUGCCUGAACAGUGGUACCAGUUUUGUGUCUGGCUUCGCAAUUUUUUCCGUCCUGGGCUUCAUGGCACAAGAGCAAGGGGUGAACAUUGCUGAUGUGGCAGAGUCAGGUCCAGGCCUGGCCUUCAUUGCCUACCCAAAAGCUGUGUCCAUGAUGCCACUGCCCACCUUUUGGGCAAUCCUUUUUUUUAUUAUGCUUCUGUUGCUUGGACUGGAUAGCCAGUUUGUUGAAGUUGAAGGACAGAUCACGUCAUUAGUUGAUCUGCACCCAUCCUUCCUAAGGAAGGGUUACCGACGGGAAAUCUUCAUCGCUAUAGUAUGUUUCCUUAGCUAUCUUCUGGGACUAACUAUGGUGACUGAGGGUGGCAUGUAUGUUUUUCAACUCUUUGACUACUAUGCAGCUAGUGGUGUAUGCCUUUUGUGGGUUGCAUUCUUUGAAUGUAUUGCUGUAGCCUGGGUUUAUGGCGCUGAUAAUAUUUAUGAUGCCAUUGAGGAUAUGAUUGGAUACAGACCUGGUCCCUGGAUGAAAUGGAGCUGGAUUGUGAUCACACCAGUUCUUUGUGUGGGGUGCUUUGUCUUUUCUUUGGCCAAGUACAAACCACUGACCUACAACAAGGUCUACACAUACCCUGAGUGGGCAAUCGGCCUGGGAUGGGUUCUUGCCCUUUCCUCCAUGAUCUGCAUCCCUAUGGUGAUGGUCAUCCGCAUCAUACGAUCAGAUGGGUCGCUCAUUGAGGUAAGAGAAACCACAACCCCCUUAAAGUCAGAAACUGCCUUGCACCUAGGAGGGUGAAUUCAGAGCAGGGCU